GUCGGUCGGUGAGUUAAGUCACGAGGCGUGCGGUAGAAGUGGGAGAAAGCCGAGUUCCCAGCUACAGAAUAUGGCUAUUAUUCUCUUAUUGCUAUUUAUCGUCGGCGCGGCCUCUCCCGCGUUUGCAUUUUGUCCUUACAGAUGCCUCUGCUUCCGAACCACAGUCAGAUGCAUGUUUUUACAAUUAGAAAAAGUUCCCGAAGUAGCCGAAGAUACCACUAUUUUAGAUUUACGAUUCAAUAAAAUCAAAGCUAUUCCUCCAAAUACUUUCGAAAAAUUAAAGAAUUUGAACACCCUAUUACUGAAUAACAAUCACAUAACAAAAAUAGAAAACGAAGCUUUUAACGGUCUGAAAGAAUUGAGAUAUUUAUAUUUAUAUAAAAACAGAAUACGAUUAAUAGAAGCUGAUGCAUUUAAAGGUCUUCAUAAAUUAGAACAAUUGUACAUCCACUUCAAUAAGAUAGAAAAGAUACAAACUGAAACAUUUGCUGAUCUUCCAGCUUUAGAAAGACUCUUUUUGCAUAAUAAUAAACUUUCUAGAAUUCCUCCUGGAGUAUUCCGAAAAUUAGACUCAUUAAGACGAUUACGAUUGGAUUCUAAUGCAUUAAUAUGUGAUUGUGAAUUGUUCUGGUUAGCAAAAAUGCUUAAAGAUAAACAAUCAACUACUCAAGCUGCAGCUACGUGUGAAUUUCCAAGCCCUCUUCAAGGAAAAUCUAUUAUGGCUCUUGACAGUGAUGAUUUUAGAUGCAAAAUGCCAAAAUUAACAGAAGAACCUCAUGAUGUAGAUGUGUCAUUUGGUGGUACAGCUUAUUUUAAUUGUAAAGCAGAUGGUGAUCCCAAACCUGAUAUUGUAUGGUUGCAUAACAACAAUGAAAUAAUUCCAGAAGAUGAACAGCGAUACAGUAUUUUAAGUGAUGGAACUUUAAUGAUAACUGAAGCUCAAGACUAUCAUGAAGGUGUUUAUGAAUGUAAAGCAAAAAAUUUAGCUGGUGAAGUGAAAUCUAGAGCUGCAAAAAUGCAAUAUUACACUAACAAAGCCAAACUUCAUUUUGUGGAAACUCCUUCCAAUCUUAGAAUCCAGUUAGGAUCAAUAGCUGUUUUGCCAUGUAAAGCAGUUAGUACUCCGCCACCAACAAUUAAUUGGACCCAUAAUAAUUUAUUAUUGUCGUUAACUUCUAGACAUCACAUUUCACAAAAAGGAACAUUAACAAUAGAAAAUGUUGAAAAAAGAGAUGCUGGAAUCUAUAAUUGCAUUGCAUCAAAUCAAUUGACAAAAAUAUCUUCUUCAGCUCAGCUUACAAUAUUAGUAUUACCCACUUUUCUGGAAAGACCUCGAGAUCAAGAAAUUACUGAAGGUCGUACAGUAAAUUUAACUUGUCGUGUGGAUGGAUUUCCUCGACCUAUUAUUUCGUGGGGAAAAGAUGGACAACCACUCAACUUAACUAGUGGACAUUUUGAAGUGUUUGAUGAGGGUAAUAUGUUACGUAUUUACAACACUCAAAAAUCAGAUGAGGGUUUCUAUCAGUGCCAAGCAGAAAAUGAGAUAGGGCAAAGAAAUUCAAGUGCUUUUCUUUUUGUUAGAGAAAAAGCACCACCUGUAUUUUCUCGAACACCUGAUGAUAUGAAAGCUAUAAUUGGCUCAAAUAUUGAGUUACCAUGUCAUGCCAAAGGUGAUCCACCACCACGUAUAACUUGGAAAAAAGAUGGAAUAAUACUUAAAAUGGAAGAUAAUCAUCAUCAUGUCAGUCAAGCUGGAGAUUUAUAUAUGUUUAAAGUUCGAAAACAGGAUGAAGGAUUUUAUGAAUGUGUUGCAGAAAAUGAUAUUGGAUUUGCUUCUGUCUCAAUGCAUCUGUCUGUCAGAGAUGCACCUUAUGGUAUUUAUCCCGGAGAUCGUUAUUUGGUAUCAUCUGUAGAAGAAGCACGGUUAGAAGUAGAGAAAGCUAUAAAUCAUACAAUUAAUCAGUUAUUUAAUAGUACAAGCCCUCGAAGACCUCCCGAAUUAUUACAUAUAUUUCGAUUUCCUAACGAAGAUACACGUAAUUUGAUUCGUUCUGCUGAAAUAUAUGAAAGGGCUUUACAGAUUGUAUGGAAUAAAGUUGAAAUGGGAAUAAAAUUAAAUUUAUCAGAAUUUUCAUAUUACGACAUUUUAUCACCACAUCAGUUAGAAUUGUUGGCAAACUUGUCUGGUUGUUUAGUUCAUCGACCAAAAAUAACUUGUUCCGAUAUGUGUUUUCAUAAAAAAUACAGAACAUACGAUGGUACUUGCAACAAUUUUGAUAAUAUUAUGUGGGGAGCAUCAUUGACUCCAUUUCAACGUCUUCUUCCUCCAAUUUAUGAAAAUGGAUUCAAUACGCCAGUAGGUUGGACUCCUUCAAAAUUAUAUCAUGGAUUUCGAAAACCUAGUGCUCGUCUGGUAUCUUCUGAAAUAAUAACUACAGAGAAUAUAACACCUGAUUCUGAAUAUUCUCAUAUGCUUAUGCAGUGGGGUCAAUUUUUAGAUCAUGAUUUGGAUUUUUCUCUUCCUGCUGUUAGUCAUGCAAGUUUUGUAGAUGGUGUAGAUUGCAGUGUAUCUUGUGAAUAUUCUCCUCCCUGUUUUCCUAUUGAAGUUCCACCCGGAGACAAAAGAAUUCGGAAUCAUCAGUGUAUGGAAUUUGUUCGAUCAAGUACACUCUGUGGAUCAGGUUUAACAUCUUUAUUUGUUCCCGAAAUAAUGCCUAGAGAACAAGUCAAUCAACUCACUUCAUUUAUUGAUGCUUCUAAUGUAUAUGGUAGUACAGAAAAAUUAGCUCUUCACCUCAGAGAUCGUACCAAUGAACUUGGACUACUAAGAACUGGACUUGUCAUGCACUCUGGAAAACAUCUUUUACCAUUUAAUGAUGGCCAACCUGUUGACUGCAAGCGAGAUCAUCAAGAAAGCAGUAUGGACUGUUUUCUUGCUGGAGAUCAAAGAGCAAAUGAACAAUUAGGUUUAUUAGCAAUGCAUACUUUAUGGAUGAGAGAACAUAACAGAAUUGCUACUGAUUUGCAUUCCAUUAAUUCUCACUGGAAUGGUGAUAAAUUGUAUCAUGAAGCAAGAAAAAUUGUGGGUGCUGAAAUGCAACAUUUUACCUAUACUCACUGGUUACCAAAAAUUCUUGGGGAGAAAGGAAUGAAGAUGCUGGGUUCUUAUCAAGGAUAUAAUCCAAAUGUGAAUCCUUCUAUAGCUAAUGUUUUUGCUACUGCUGCAUUGAGAUUUGGUCAUACACUUAUUAAUCCUAUACUUUUGAGAUUGAAUGCAUCUUUUCAGCCCAUACCAGAAGGAAAUCUUCCUCUCAGAAAGGCUUUCUUCUCUCCAUUCAGACUUGUCGAAGAAGGAGGCAUAGAUCCAUUACUGAGAGGUCUGUUUUAUGCAGCUACCAAAUUAAGACAGUCUGAUCAAAUUCUUAAUUCUGAACUGACAGAACAUUUAUUUGCAGGUUGCAGGAUGGGUGCUGAAGCAGUGAUUGCUCUUUUUGAUGCUACUCCUGAAUCAGAAGCUUGUGUUAUUUCACUAGCUGGAAAUCAAGCUGUUCGUCUUCCACUAAUGAAAUGUGUACAAAUGGNAACGUUAGAUGGCAUUUGCACAUCCAAGCCCAUUACAUCAUAA